CCCGGUCGCUGUUCUCAGUGCUGAUUCCUAAAGUGUAAGCAGCUGUUCCUGUUGGAGAGGGUUUCCUAGCGGAUGCUUGUUACACUCUCAUAUAACAUACCAUCCUUUUCUCAUUGAUUCCUCCGUCCCGCUCCCGUUGCAACACAAUGGAUUGCUAGGUGGGAUGUGCAAUGGAUCAGCCAUGAUGGACAUGCUCUACUACUCCAUUCUCCUCGUCCUUUCGGCCUUUCAUCCCCAUCUUACUGCCACCGCUGAGCGCCGUUUCGGCUGCUUGUUUGAAGAUGACCUAUGUUUGCCCUUUGAGAUCUGCAUAAAUGAUAACAUAUUUGGAAGGUGUCAACGGGUUUCAGUGAUAGACAUAUACAAAUAUGAAGUUUCACCACCCGUGCUACAACACCUAAGGACAAUCCUUCAGAAACUCUCUCACAGAGGUUUAACGUGGAAGGAUGAUGCAACACAGCAGGUUGUUUCUAGUGAGCUGUUAAACCUUCGCAAGAUCCAUUUCAGACGACCUGAAGUUGCUUCCUCUGAAAGUCCCACUAUUCCAAGAACCAUGAAGCAAGGUUCAGAAAAAGAAUGGAAGUUCGCUCCAGAGGAUGAUACUGAUGUGGCCAUGUCUUUGCAGCAAUAUCUGAAGUACCUCGGAUUUUUACCCAAGACAGCUGCUCCUGCUCUGCGACAGAAGGCUAUUAACACCAAGCCUUUGGUAAAGAUGCCACAGGGGAAAGCUUCACCACUGACCUUUUCUCCACCAUCUCAUCAGCAGCCUGCAGAGAGUCCACCAAGGACUGCUGCUCAGACACAGCCAGAACAGAUUUUCUCCCAAAUGAAAUCCGAACUUGAUGAGAAGGAACGGAUGGACAGUGCCAGACUCAUAGCAGCACUGGAGACCUACAUGGCACAAAAGACAGCCACCCCAAAUCUUGACAGCACAAGUUUAAAUGACAAGACAAAAGGAUCCCAGCUCUCUGCUAACCAGCUAUAUCCAUCAAGGCUAAUCCAUGAGGAUGGAACAAAUGUUAAACAAGAUCAGGACCCUUACAAAAGCAAGAAUCCCCUUCCUGUGAAACCUGAAACUAGACUAUUGUUCAGACCUAAUGCUGCAGCUACAAAUUACAAAUCCAGCUCCAGACCUCCUGCUUCUAAAGAUCCGCUCAGUGUGGUGGAUGAAACAUUCAUUCAAAAUGUGGUGAAACAGCUGGGGAAGCACAGUGUGAAUGUGGAGAGGCUCAGCCCCAAGGAGCUUGAUGAACUUGCUGAUGUAAUAGCAGAUGCCCUGCAGGUAGUCGAUGCAAAACACGGUGGGAGAAGCCUGCAAGAAAGGGGGGAGCAGACCCUGAAGAGAAUGGAUAUGACAGAUGAAGAUAAAUAUGAGAGGGAGGAGACAUAUGAAGAGACUGAUGUUCCAGAUAACAACUUUAAUCAGGAAGCUAAAGAACCAGGUGGUCAGCAUGAAAUGCCGGCCAUACAAACUGAGACUGAUUUGGACAUUAGGCAGAAAGGCCUUUCUCAAUAUUCUCUGGAGGACUCUUCAUCUGAAAUGCCUUUUAAAUUAGAAGCUAAGAAAUCUGAAGAAUUAGAUUCAUCUUCAGAGGAAGAAAGCUAUGGAGUAGAAAAUGUGAAGAGCGAGACCUUUUCCCGAGACCUGGCUAUUGAGAAGAAGGCAGAUCAUGAGCCUGACUCCCAAGAGGCUGUGGAGUUACAACAGUGGAUUCACAGUACCCUGAUGCGGGAUCAGACAGUCUAUGAGGAAGCAAGCAACAGGAAUGCAGGAGGCCUGCAGCUAGCAGUGAAAUCUGGUGACAAAGAUGAAUACGGCUACAUCAUGACAGAUAAGGACUCUCUGAGUGUGGAGAAAGGCCUGGAGCUAAUAAAGGAUUUGUCGAGUCUUCUAAAGCUGCCAAUGACUGCCUUCAGUGAUGUCAAUGUUCUGGGAGCAGCCGUGACCUUCAAAGUUCGACCUAAUUCUCAGAACUUAACUACUGCAGAUGUGGCAAAUGCAGCAGAAUCUAAUAAGGUGAAACUUGAAAAAUCUACUGGUCUGAAGAUCCAACAAUCUGGAACAGGAGAGAAAAGUAAAUUGAAGCUUCUGCCACAUACUGCUGAAAAGGAAGAUUCCACCAAGUUCAUUGUACUCACUUUAAUCUCUAUUGUGUGUAUUAUUGGGGUCCUCGUUGCCUCUGGAGUGAUUUCCUGUCUUCGUCAUAACUCCCACCACAAACUGAAGGAGAAGUUAACUUCGCUUGGAACUGAAACCAGCUCAGAUGCCACAUCAGCUUACCAGGAGCUAUGCCGUCAACGCAUGGCUGUUAAGGUGUCAGACCGACCAGAACCCCUACACACAUCUCGGAUCAAUAGCAUCUCAUCUCAGUUCAGUGAUGGACCAAUGCCAAGUCCCACAGCUCGGAGCAGCACCUCUUCUUGGUGUGAGGAACCUGUCCAAUCGAACAUGGACAUAUCCACUGGGCACAUGAUACUGUCUUACAUGGAAGAUCACCUGAAGAAUAAAAAUCGCUUAGAGAAAGAAUGGGAUGCCCUGUGCGCUUACCAAGCUGAGCCUAACGCAACUAGCAUCGCCCAUAAGGAGUCGAAUAGGCCCAGAAAUCGCUCUCAGUCUGUUGUGGCAUAUGAUCACUGCAGAAUCAUACUAAAGGCAGAAGCAAACCAGAAUAAUUCAGACUACGUAAAUGCAAGUCCAAUUAUGGACCAUGACCCAAGGAACCCUGCAUACAUUGCUGCGCAAGGUCCACUGCCUGAAACUGCUGCUGAUUUCUGGCAGAUGGUCUGGGAGAACGGCUGUGUUGUUAUUGUCAUGCUGACACCCCUUACAGAAAAUGGAGUCAAACAGUGCCAUCCCUACUGGCCGGAAGAGGGUUCAGACCGCUACCACAUCUAUGAGGUAAACUUAGUCUCCGAGCACAUCUGGUGUGAGGAUUUCCUUGUAAGGAGUUUCUACCUUAAAAAUGUGCAGAGCAAUGAGACACGCACAGUGACACAAUUCCACUUCCUUAGCUGGCGUGACAAGUCUGUCCCUCCUUCUACUAGGUCACUGCUAGACUUCCGCAGGAAAGUUAACAAGUGCUACAGGGGCCGUUCAUGUCCAAUAAUUGUCCACUGCAGUGACGGUGCGGGAAGAAGUGGAACGUACAUUCUGAUUGACAUGGUUCUCAAUAAGAUGGCCAAAGGUGCUAAAGAGAUUGAUAUCGCUGCUACCCUGGAGCACUUAAGGGACCAGAGGCCUGGCAUGGUCCAGACAAAGGAGCAGUUUGAAUUUGCCUUGACAGCAGUCGCAGAAGAGGUGAAUGCAAUACUUAAAGCCCUCCCACACUAAGUGCAGUAAUUACCAAUAUCUGCUGUGGGACCUUCCUUCAUUUUUGUUUUAUCCUUGCAGUCUUUGUGAAUGUCAUAGGAAAAAUGUGAGCUGACUUUAGAUGUGUAUCAUUUCUUCUAAUCGUUUACAACUAGUGUCCUCCUAGCCUUCACUAGCACGAGUACAGUUCAACUGUUAAAAUGUGAUUUUCAAUGAAUGAAGCAUUGAAGAACCUCAUUCAGAAGUGUUUAUUCUACUGAUGGUCAAAUAAGAACAUAUGACAGUAUUUUAAUUAUCCAAGUGCUGAUUUUGCAUUUGUCAAAUAUAGAUUUGUAUUAUUCUUCAGUAUGAGUUAAUUGAGAGAUUAUGGUGAUUGGAUUAUAUUAAAUAUGUUCUCAAUAAACAGA